CAACCCCCAACUUCCCCACCUUUCCUAUUUCCCAUUUAAAGUCCACCAUCCCCUCUUCUGCUUCAUCUCUGCCCCAUAGCAAUCUCUGAGCGGCCAUCUCCUAUCAUCUUGGUUUCCUUUUCUCCUCUGCUUAUUAAUUGGAUCCCCUGAUCCCAACCUCUGGCUUUUAGUAUUCCCCUGUUAGAGAGAACCUCUCAUCCCCCCUUAUCUGAUACAUAAUUCAUACUCCAGGAGUCUAAAGCUGCUAUUUUGAUCCCACAAAUCCAAUCAAAAUCGGUUUUUUUCCAGUAUCUCUCAGACUCCGGUAGCAGGGCAACCAGGGCCGAAAAAGAGCCAUCUUUGGGCAAAGCUUAUAUCAGCUGGGCUUAUAAUCCCAGUCCAAAUGGCCAUUCCCAUGAGGCCGGCCAUCCUUCUUCUCCCUCUCCUCCUGUCCCUCGUCCUCCCUUCCUCCGCCCAAAACUGCGUCAGCGAGACCUUCUCGAACAACAGACUCUUCGCCCGCUGCAGCGCCCUCGGCCGCCUCAGCGCCACCCUCCACUGGACCUACCACCCUUCCAACGGCACCGCCGAUAUCGCCUACCGGGCGACGCAGGACUCCUCCAACUUCGUCGCCUGGGGCAUCAACCCCAACAGCUCCGGCAUGUUAGGCACCAAUGCGUUCUUCGCCUUCCACGACUCCAGCGGCGUAGUCAAGGUGAUCUCCGAUACCUUGACCAGCUACACUCUUUCGGUGCGGGACAGCAACCUCAGCUUCACCGUCUACAGCAAGGAGGCUGAGUAUUCCAACGGUGCGUACACCAUCUAUGCGACGGUGGACCUUCCGGGCAACAAGACGACGUGGAACACCGCGUGGCAGGCCGGGCAGGUCUCCUCAGGGGUGCCCGUCGGCCACGCGACGACCGGCGACAACGUUCUCUCCAAAGGAAGCACCGAUUUCCUGUCCGGGGUGUCGUCGGAGGGUGGAGGGAAUUCAAGGCUGCACCGCAAGAAUAUCCAUGGAGUGUUGAAUGCUGUGAGUUGGGGUGUUUUGAUGCCUCUUGGAGCUAUCAUAGCAAGGUAUUUGAGGGUGUUUCAGUCAGCUGAUCCUGCCUGGUUCUACCUCCAUGUGGCUUGCCAGUGCUCGGCAUACAUAAUUGGAGUCUCUGGUUGGGGUCUUGGCCUCAAACUCGGCAGCGAAUCUAAGGGAAUUACAUAUCACAGUCACCGGGAUAUUGGAAUUGCCCUCUUCUGCCUAGCUACACUUCAGGUGUUUGCAUUGCUUCUGAGACCGAACAAGGACCACAAAUACCGCAUCUAUUGGAAUGUCUACCACCAUUUGAUCGGAUACUCUGUAAUAGUCUUGAGUGUUGUCAACAUCUUCAAGGGCUUUGAUAUCUUGGACCCUGCCAAGAAGUGGAAACAUGUUUACAUUGCCAUCAUCGCUACGCUUGGGGGUGUUGCCCUAGUUCUCGAAGCUGUUACAUGGGCUAUAGUUCUGAAGAGGAAAUCCAUUAGCUCUGAGAAGUUCCACCAUAAUGAGUAUGGGACAAAUGGGUAUGGUGGUAGACAACAUCAGGGAGCGUAGAUGUAGCGGAGCUUGUUAUAUUGGGUGUGCUUGGAGACAUCUCUUUGCCAUGACUGGCUCUUGUACCCAUUCGUUGAGGCAGAGAUGGUUGUUUAGACAGUUGUAAUUCUUUCUUACUAGAUAGAUACCAGGCAAGCAUUUGCUUGCCACUUAGAGAUAUAGUUUCUUUGUUGUUUCUUUAUGCCAUAUGUACUUCAGUUAUAGAUUAUGGAUCUCCAUCCCAUUUUGUUGGCUUGCUUAUC